AUGCACAAAAUUGUCCGUGCAUGGCAGCUCGCUGCGCUGUGUCUUGCGGCGCUUGUGUGUGCCUCGGGAUCGUACGAUAUCACGAAUGCGCGUCUCUCUGUGCAGUCCUUUGACGGCGCGCCCCGCCUCUCGGAAAAGUACGCCUCCAAGGCGAGUGUCCAGCCUGCGCUCCUCGCCGCGGAGCCGGACGACGUAAUCAAGUUUGCGUUUACCAUUGCAGACGGUCAGGGAGAGGCGGUGAAGGAGGACCUCGUGCCCCACCAGGCGUGGGUCGUGCUCUCGGACACCACCGCCCAGGACGCGGCGCACUCGGCGGUGUGGCCGGUGCGUGUGCGCGGCUCGAGCGCGAGUGCGACGUGGAGCCUUCGUAUGGACAAGCUGCACGCGAGCGUCAAGCAGAAACUCGUCGACGCAGGCCCCAACCACCCCUUCCAGCUCUCGCUGCUCCUCGGGUCGUUUGCGCCGGACGCCGCGUCGGCACUCGACGCGGCCGUCAUCCCCUUUCUCCAGCUCGAGUUUAGCGCGGCCCUCCUCGCACGCUUCCCGGCAGAGAAGCCGUCGCAGCGCAGCAUCGCCGAAGCCAAGGACGGCUUUGUGCCCUGGCCGGAGCACUUCCACACCUUUGCGACCGAGCCGUGGCAGACGAUGCCGCCCAAGGCUGUGAGCCUCGCCGCGGCGCUCGCCGUCUUCUUCGGCCCGUGGGCGCUCCUCGCGUGCCUCUGGGGCAAGCUCGCCAAGCGCCUCCAGUCGCCGUCGGUCGCCGACACGACGCUCCUCGCGAGCAUCUACGCGCUGGAGGCCCUGGCACUUUUCCACUGGGUAGGCACGCCCUUUUACAUAGUCUGCCCUGCGGCCCUGGGCCUCGCCGGCGCUGCGUUGGUCGGCGGCCGCCAGGCGCUCACGCGCCCGCUCGUCUCGUAG